ACCACCCUUACUGUUGGUGAAUUCACUUAAAAAGAAGCAGGUUAAUGUGUAAACAGCGUCUCAAGUCAGUUCCGGGUGUAUCACACACCCUUGGAUGUCUUGAGUGGUCAAAGUUCAGAGGUCGAAAACAAGAUGGCGGCGCCCAUGGAUCAGGAAAGUUGCGCCGUGAAAACAAAACUCACGAAGUCGGAGAAGAAGGCUUACAAAAAACAGAACAAGGCGCGACAGACUUUAUUACGGCACGAAGGCAUCAGUACGAGCAGUGAAGCAACCAAGCACCUGGUUGUGGCCAACGCAGGACUGAGUAAUGGGGUACAUCGAGAGGAGUUGUGGAGACUAUUCCAGACCCUCGGGGACCUACAGGACAUCGUCAUGGUUACGGGGAAACCGUACGCUUUUGUCUCCUAUGCCGACCAGCAGUCAGCUGCUGCAGCGUACGCAGCCUUCAAUGGGAGGAUGUUGAAAAGUCCAGAAGAGCUGCAACAGCCUAAUGUCACGUUUUAUUUGAACCACAUUGAGAAGGUCCCCUCCCAGAGAGUUGCAGGGUUAGACCUGCCCCCAGGUCUGCGGUUAGUGGAAGACUUCGUCAGUCCUGCCUGUGCAGCCAGACUGAUGGAGGGGCUGGGCUGGAGCACAGACAAUCAACAACAGACGGAUGCUGAACAAGCUUUGAAGCACAGAAGAGUGAAACAUUUCGGCUAUGAGUUUAGAUAUGAUAACAACAAUGUGGACAAGGACAAGCCCCUCCCGGGUGGCCUUCCUGAUUGGUGCAGUCCGGUGAUUGACAAGAUGAUGUCAGAGGGACACAUCAAACACAGGCCUGAUCAGAUUACAGUCAACCAAUACCAGCCUGGACAGGGAAUCCCUCCCCAUGUUGAUACCCACUCAGCAUUUGAGGAUGAGAUUUCUUCCCUAAGUUUGGGUGGACAGACAGUUAUGGACUUCAAGCACCCCAGUGGAAAAAGAGUUCCUGUUGUUUUACCUGCCCGCAGUCUGCUGGUCAUGUCUGGAGAGGCUAGGUACCUGUGGACACAUGGGAUCAUUCCCAGGAAGUUGGACCCCGUUCCUGUGAAGGGGCAGGAAGAGUCCAUUACACUAGCCAGGAGGGAGGUCCGCACAUCUUUCACCUUCAGGAAGAUCAGGCACACGCCUUGUGACUGCAAGUACCCAUGCCAGUGUGACUCCCAGCUACAGCAGACAGGUCCAUCUCUACCCAGGACUGAGGGGGAGGCAGGUCAGCUGGAGCAGCAGCAUGUGCACCAGGUAUAUGAGGACAUCGCUUCUCAUUUCAGUUCUACCCGACACUCCCCUUGGCCACGGGUGGUUGACUUCUUAAAGACAGAGCCUGUGGGAGCUCUAGUGGUGGAUGUAGGUUGUGGUAAUGGAAAGUACCUGGGAGCCAACAAGGAUGUGUACUCUCUGGGGAAUGACAGGAGCAGUGGCCUGGCUAACAUCUGCAGGGACAGACAGUUGGAGGUGUUUGUGUGUGACGCCAUGUCUGUGCCGGUCAGGACUGGUGCUGUAGAUGCUGCCAUCAGUAUAGCUGUCAUCCACCACUUCUGUACACAGGAAAGAAGACUGAAAGCUGUGAAGGAACUGGCCAGACUCCUCAAGCCAGGAGGGAGGGCCCUUAUCUAUGUCUGGGCUUUUGAGCAAGAAUACAAGAAUGUCAAGUCCAACUACUUAAAGGACACCAAAGAGCACCAGAAUGGUGAUGUAGGAGACAAGAGCAGCACGAGACCCACCCAAGAACAACAAGGUGCAAGUCUUCCCAUUCAUGUCAACAGAACCUCCUUCAAGACCCAAGACAUGCUGGUUCCUUGGCACUUCAGGGAUGGUGCAAAGAAACAACAGAGGGGCUCUCAGCCAGGCCUUCAAGUGCCGAGUAACUCAGGCAGAGAAAAGAAUCCAGAGAGAGACACAAGAGAUUGCACAGAAGAGACGAACUUGGACAGGAACAGUGAGCAAAAUUCUGACAAACCAUUGGAAGUGGGGAAUCACAAGAAGCAGGAUUCAGAGGAGGAAAAUGUCAAAAGUUGUUCUGGUGCUUGUGCGUCAGAUUGCCAGCAGAGCCAAGAUGAGCCAGUCUACCACAGGUUUUACCAUGUUUUUAAGGAUGGAGAGUUGGAGGAACUCUGUAACAGUGUGCCUGGUGUUUCAGUUGUAGACAGGUACUAUGACAAAGGCAACUGGUGUGUGGUAAUACAGAAAUGUUUGUAGGCAAAGACAGUGGAAAAUGACAGAUGUACCUUGGAAAGGUUGUGCACAAAUGAAAUCUCUGUUAACCAAGUAAUUACUUGACAGUAAACAAUGAUUGUCUUUUAUUAUUACAGUAUACCGGUAUCACGUGUACAUCACAUUUUUUAAAUCAUAUCCCUUCCUGGUCCAGAGAAAC